AUGGGCAUCUUCCAAAUCGACUUCCUCACGCUAUGGUUGAUGUCAACCAGUCUCGUGGCCUGGGUAGCCGCUGCUCCACAACCAGAUACCAAUGGCCUCUGUGCCAGCUACAUCAUCCAGGGCUACGAUACCUGCAAGUUAAUAGCCAAAGCACACGGAAUCACCGAAGCCGACAUCGAACGCUUCAACAAGAAUACCUGGUCUUGGCUCGGAUGUCGACAGUUAUACCAGGGUGACUUCAUCUGCGUCAGCACUGGUAAUCCUCCUAUGCCAAUGGCCCUCCCCCACGCAACAUGCGGUCCCCAAGUCCCCGGAACCGUACGCCCGAAGAACUGGGCCGAUCUCGCCGGUCUGAACCCGUGCGCUGCACCUCAAUGUUGUUCCUGGUGGGGAGCCUGCUCGAAUACAAGAUCAGUCUGUGAACUCGGAUCCCGCGCACCUCCAGGCGGAGCCACAGCCACCAUCAAAGCACCUACAACUCCUCCUAAAUCCAUAGCAAGCAAGCCCAAGCCCACUGGCGGCGCAGCUGCAGGUACAAAGGCCACCGCAAAGCCGGCCACUACACAGGCUGCCAAACCCAAGACGACUCAGGCCGCAACGUCCAAGAGCACAACGUCCAAAAGCACAACUUCCAAAGCGACAACAUCCAAGGGAACCACCACGACCAAACCCACAACAACCAAACCAGGAUUUCCCGUCCUGACUGCCCAGCCAAGCGAUCACUACAAGGGUCCCUGGGGGGAAAUACCAUGGCAGUUCACGAUCUAUACCGAGAAAGACUGCAAGGGCGAUUACUACCAUAUCGAGGGGUAUAACCGGCGGUACAACGACACGAUGGAAAUGUGCAGCGCGCUCCGUGGUGGCAAGCUGAGCAGCAAAUGGAGCGAACAGGGACUGACGUGUAAAUGGUGGACGGAUGGUGGGUUUACGUGGAAGCCUUGUGACAAGAGUCCGCUGGAGAAACCGGGGUCGUGGAUUGUUAAAGAUGGGUUCUGUGAGGGGUUUACUGAGAGUGAGUGUAGUUGUUUUGAUCAUUUCAUUGGGCAUUAUAAACCCAAGGGGUGUCAGAAUAGGCAGAGGCAUGAUCCGCCGACGCUGAGGUCGUUUAUGUGUGCCAUUGAGUUUGAUUGA